UCCACCAGGGUCCUCCAGGAUCUCAGCCUUCCCCACACGCACAGCCUCCCCCACACAACCCCAGUAAUCCCAUGAUGGGACCUCACGGACAGCCAUUCAUGUCUCCACGGUACCCAGGCGGCCCAAGGCCCUCCCUCCGUAUGCCAAAUCAGCCUCCUGGGAGCAUCCCCGGAUCACAGCCUCUCCUACCAAACAGCCUGGACCCCACCAGACCUCAAGGACAUCCAAACAUGGGCGGUCCAAUGAGAAUGAAUCCCCCUCGAGGCAUGGGUGGCAUGGGCCCACAGAACUACGGUGGAGGGAUGAGGCCUCCUCCAAACUCCAUGGGGCCAGGGAUGCCGGGCAUGAACAUGGGUCCAGGUGGAAGAGGUCCCUGGCCGAACCCCAACUCCAACUCAAUAGCUUAUUCAUCUUCAUCUCCAGGCAACUAUGUGGGCCCUCCAGGGGGAGGCGGCCCACCAGGAACUCCCAUCAUGCCUAGCCCCGGAGGUGAGUUAUACACUUCAGUUCCCCGUCUGAUUUCUACUUUUAUCCUGCAUUCACUGAACAGAGGCUCUUUCUAA